AUGAAUUUCCUGAAUGAUUGGGUGUUUUCUCCAUUCUCAAAGGUUUUAAAUAUGCUUGGUCUCUACCAAAAGUCCGGGAAGUUAGUGUUUUUGGGCCUUGACAACGCAGGCAAAACCACUCUUCUUCACAGGCUAAAGGAUGAUCGUUACGGAACGCAUAACCCCACCCUGCAUGCAACAAGCGAGGAACUUACUAUUGCUGGAAUGAAGUUCACCACAUAUGAUCUUGGUGGCCAUGAACAGGCUCGAAAAGUUUGGCAAUCAUUUGUUCCCGCCGUUGAUGGCGUUGUUUUCAUAGUGGAUGCAAGUGAAGAAGCUCGAUUCGAUGAAGCCAAGGUUGAAUUGGAUAGCCUUAUUAUUAAUCAAGAUAUCGCAAAUGCUCCUAUUCUUGUUCUGGGAAACAAAAUUGAUAUCCCAUCUGCAGUUAGUGAGGCAUAUUUGAGAAGCCGAUUAGGCUUGGACGGACAAGUUACAGGAAAAGGAAACGUUUCCAGGGACGUUAUUGCCAGCGGUCGUCCCAUUGAAAUUUUCAUGUGCAGUAUUCUCAAGCGACAAGGCUACGGUGAUGCUUUUAAGUGGCUGGCUCAGUAUCUUGACUAA